CCACACUGCCAAUAAGAACGCUAGUACUCAAGAGGAGAGGACGUCUGAUACCCGUCGCUUCCCACACACGGAAAAAAUAUGCCAUUUGUUGACUUGCAGAGCAACUUACCAGCAAGCUCAUUCUCCGAAGAGUUUCUGAAAAAGCUGUGCUCAUUUGCUGCGGCUGUUUUGGGAAAGCCAGUUGACAGAAUGCACUUGAUUGUGAAGCCGGGGUUACCAAUGAUGAUAGCGGGGUCUUGCUCUCCUUGCGUGGUGAUGUCGAUAUCUGCUAUUGGUGUAACUGACACUGCUGACAAGAAUAAGGACCACAGUGCCAAGCUCUUUGAGUUUCUUACCCGAGAGCUUGCUCUGACUGAAGACAGGAUUUCCCUUCAGUUCUACAAUUUGCAGCCUCACCAGGUUGGGAAGAAGGGAACAGUUAUGAGCUUCCUGUAAAGCAUAUUUUGUAAAUAUGUGAGAAAGAAAGGGGAAAAAAAAUAAAAAGUUUCAAUCAGC